CAUGAUCCAGCGCUCUCGAUCAGAGUCCACUCUCUUCUCUUCCGUUCUCCGCUCCUUCGGAUCCUAAACUAUCAGUCGCGUCGCACCGGAUCUCUCCCACCGCUUCUCCUCCAAUUCCAUCUCGAUCGAGAUCGGAGAAGUAAGAAACAGGAACGCAUCCGUCGCGAAGAACCAAAGACAAAAAAAGCACUUAUUUCCCAAGCCAGGAGAAACAAAAUCCUGAACCAUGGGCCCGCUUGUCUGAACUUAAAAAACAGAGUACAUUGUAUAAAGCCUCAGGGACGAGAAAGAGGCACUGGAAUUUGCUAUACUCUAACCUUAUUGCGAUGCUUGCAGGUUUGGCUAAACAGCGUCAUGAAAGGUAUCACAAAUGAAAGUUAUAUGUCAAGAGAAUCUAACAUGGGUUCAGAACACAUUGCCAAGAAAUAUCGCACAACUGUGGAUGGUGUAGCUCGUAUGGGUGAGGCUUUCCUAACGAUGGAAACUCCUGUGAGAAGGACAUCAGCUGAGUCCGAAGGACAUUUAAAUCUUGAUCCAUAUGCGAGUGUCACUCCAUAUGUUGGUAUGGAGUUUGAAUCCGAGGAGGCUGCAAGGAUAUUCUAUGAUGAAUACGCCUGGCGUACAGGUUUCAGCAUCCGCACCAAUUUCAGACGCCGUUCAAAGCGUGAUGGAACCACCAUUGGCUUGGUGUUUGUUUGCUCCAAAGAGGGAUUCCGUCGGAGUCAAUAUCCAAGCAAGCGGCGGCCAACAAGGGAAGGUUGCAAAGCACUGAUUUCAGUAAAGAAGGCAGAUUCCGGGAAAUGGGUGGUGGUAAAAUUUGUUGAGGACCAUACUCAUGCAUUGGUAUCUCCAAAAGAAUUGUCUCUCCAUGAAUCACGUGGUGCUCGUGUGGGGGAGAUUGACGCAACAGGAACUGAAUCUGAAGGACUUGAAAUUCUUGAUCCGCAUGUGGGUAUGGAGUUUGAAUCAGAGAAGGCUGCAAGGAUAUUUUAUUAUGAAUAUGGUAAAAAUGUUGGUUUUGGCAUACGAACCAAUUUAAGACGUCGCUCGAAGCGUAAUGGGAAAACUAUUGGCCUGGAAUUUGUAUGUUCCAAAGAGGGGUUCCGUCGCAAGGAAUGCAAAAAUAUGCGAAGGCCAACAAGGGAAGGGUGCAAGGCAAUGAUUAGGAUAAAGAAGGCAACUGGUGCAAAAUGGGCUGUUACAAGGUUUGUGAAAGAUCAUAAUCAUGAAUUAGGGACUCAAGAAAAAGUGCCCAUUGCUCGAUCACGUAGGCGUGGAUCCAAUCAAUCUGGCAGAUUCAACAACAUUGGAGCUUUGCAAGAUCAUUCAAACUAUAUUCGAAGUCUUCGAGAGAGGGUCCUUGGAAGAGAAGCUCAAUAUGUGCUAGAAUAUUUCAAGCGGAUGCAAGCAAAGAAUGCCUCCUUCUUUUAUGCAAUACAUGCUGACAAGGAAUAUAAUAUGACCAAUUUCUUCUGGGCUGAUGCUAGGUCAAGGAUGGCUUACACCUACUUUGGUGAUGUGGUUACGUUUGACACCUCAUAUAGGAUGAAUCAACACGGAGUACCAUUCGCACACUUCAUAGGGGUUAACCAUCAUAAACAACCUGUCCUAUUGGGUUGUGCGCUGAUGAUAGAUGAAACUGAAGCCUCAUUUGUUUGGUUGUUUAAUACAUGGCUUGAAGCAAUGUCUGAACACCAUCCAUUCUCACUUAUCACAGAUCAAGAUCCAGCUAUAGAAGCUGCAGUUGCAAAGGUAUUCCCCAGAACCCGUCACCGUUUUUGUAAGCGUGACAUCUCAAGCAGAAUCCCAGAGAAGUUGGGUAAUGUAGAGUGCCGGCUUGAAGAUUUUAUAGGAGAUUUCUCUAAAUGCAUCAACUUGACUGAGUUAAAUGAUGAGUUUGAAUCAGUUUGGCAGUCGCUCAUUGAUAAAUACAAACUUGGGGAGAAUGAAUGGCUAUCUUCUCUAUAUAAAAGCCGCGAACAGUGGGUCCAGGUGUACUUACAUGACGAAUCCUAUGGUGAUAGUAUAGGCUCACUUUUCAACCGGUAUAUGAGUCCACACAACUCCCUUCAAAUGCUUCUUAAUCAAUGUGAAAAGGCCGUAGAUAGUCAGUACGAAAAGGAGCUUGAAGAGGACUUCAAAACAAGUUACAUGAAACCAAUAUUGAAAACGGAAUUGCCCAUGGAAAACCAAGUGGCAGAAGUUUAUACAAGAACAAUAUUCAUGGAAUUUCAGGAGCAGUUGUUUCAAAGUCUUCAUCAUACUGCAGAAAUAACCAAGGAUGGCCCAAUUAACACGUUAAGGGUGGUAGAAUUUGGGGUGGAGAAGAGGGCGUACACUGUUACGUUUGACGUUUCAGAAGUGAGAGCAAGUUGUAGCUGCCAAAUGUUUGAGUAUACUGGAAUUCUUUGCAGACACGUCUUAAGAGUCUUCUCUAUGAAAAGUGUUAUGAAGCUCCCAUCUCAUUACAUUCUGAAAAGGUGGUCAAAAAAUGCCACAAGCGGAUCCGAUGAACGCGACACGGAAAUGCAAGGGAGUUAUCAAGACUCGUGGACUUUCAGAUAUAAUGAUUUAUGUCGUCAGGCCAUAAAAUAUGCAGGGGAAGCUGCAACAACUAUAAACAUCUACAGUGUUGCAAUGCGUGCUUUGCGGAAGGCUUACGAAGAAGUUGAUGCUGCAAAAGAAACUGAUGGCAUUGUCAUGCAACCUGGCUAUCUAGGCAAUGGUGUUUGUCACCAAGACAAUGUCUGUGCAGUGAAUCUGCCUGAUAAUGUAAUGGUGGACAGGACAUUGGGUGAUCGUCAGUAUGAGAAAACUAAAGGGCACCCCUCCAGUAGUACUGGACCCACAGCAGAGGAGCAGCGAAAGAAGAAAAGAAAAUGUCAGAUAUGCAAGUAUCCUGAUCAUGACAAGCGCAAAUGCCCAUACUCGAGGUCUGCAGGGGCUAAUUCUAACAUUGUUGAGGACAUGCUUGAAAGUCAGCGCUUACAUAGUGGUAUGAGUGGAGAACAACUUGGGUUCUCCGACAAUAUUUCGGUUGUCCAUAUGGGUGACAACAACUUCUUUCGAUAUGUAUAGCCUAAUCAGAGUCCUUCCUGAGCCAAAAAUUAUUUCAAGGUUUUCCAUGUAAUUAGCUUCCAAGAUUGCAGAAUACCCAUUUCCAAUGAGCUUGUCAUGCAAUAUGGAUUGUUUGACCAAAUGUAUUUGAUGGCCUACUUGGUGAAGCAAUCAGAAUGCAGAUGGGCUCAAUAGUGCUGAACUAAACAUUUGGACUUGGGUUUUAUUUUUUGUCCCCCCCCCCCCCCCCCCAAUGGAAAGUGUUUCCAUUACAGAUCUGUUUAGAGUUGGGUCAGAUAUCAUAUGCUUGUAUGUAUCUGUUGUAAAAUAUGUGUGUAUUUCAUUAGAGCAUUUGGUUCGCUUUGUUCAUUGAAAUGUGAAAUCUCCAAAUCUUAUGGCCUGUUUGGUAGAUGCCUAAAAUGAGUUCAUCUCAUUUUAUUGUAAAAAUAAUCUUGAUGACCAACAAUCAGCAUUUCUAAUGCAUGGUACUUUUACCA